UAUGAAGAAGUUAAUUUGGCAAAAUACGUUAAUUCUUGUUACUUGUUAAAAAUGUCAAAAUUAGAAGCUGCUUUCACUAAAUUGGUAUAUAAAUAAACUUCUCCAAGAGUAUCUGAUCUCGAAUUAACAGAAAAACAUAGUUGGUAUUUCCGUAUGCAAAAAAGAUUGAAUCAAUUUUGUUUCUAUAUAGAAUUGUUUACUUCAGUUCAUGAUUUGUAAGAAACAGACCGUGGGAAAAAUUAUGUAACAUUGAAUGUCUAAAGCUUGAAUAUACAAAAUAUACACUUGAAAAUAAAAACACUAACUGAUACAGAAGUCGCCCAGAUCCCUUUUCAGGAAAUUGUCAACGCACAAUUACCGCACUCGCCUUUGAUUUUAUGGCUAUUUAUUGCUCCAUCACAAGAAUUUUAGUGAGCAACCCUCUUACAGAAAGGAUAUAUGCACUCGGCAACGCGUUAUAAACAGAAAAACAUAUUGAGAAGUAGCGCAUUAUAAGAACGAGAAAAGUCACCAAGGAUUUGUAAUAAUUUCAUAUAUUGACUGCAAUUGCAAAUUGAUUGUGCUGUAGAUAAAAAGACGAAAAUAAUAUAGAGGAUAUUAAAAGAGAGAAAUAAAAAGAACUCAAAAUGAAGAUCCAAACAUUGAUUGUGUUCAGCCUUGCUGUGGCGGCUAUUUGUACGAAAGCCCAAAACUUCUCAACGUCAGUAAAUAUUGCUGAAUCCUCUACAUCAGUAUCAAGUUCUUACACAUCAGCGCCAGAUUCAAAGACAUCAAUAACAGCUACACCUUCUUUGGAAUCGACUUCAGUAGAUACUAUGUCAUCUCCGUCGGUAUCACCAACUUUACAUGAGUCAGCUUCAACAGCGGUAACAUCGAAAACAGAUUCAGAGAGAUCUGUUUUGUCAGCGUCGAAAUCUAUUCUGGAGUCGGAAUCAAUUUCUAUUUUAGCUAUUACUGCUAAUACAACACAAACGGUGCAAACUUCAACAUACAAAGAAUCUCUUCCUAACACCACAUCAGCUAGCAUUAAGGCUACAACAUCCUGGCCUGAAUCGUAUUCCACGAAUUAUAGUCUUAAUACGUUGUCAAGUAGAAUUACGGUCUCUUCGUCUCGUACAGAUGCGUCAGAAUACACGAGCAUUUCAGUAGAACGUACAAAAAGUCAAUCUGUUAACUUUACAGAACGCUUCUCAGUGGUGGCCGAUGCUACCGUUCCUCCGAUGAAUGACUCAAUGCGUGAAAGUUUAUCUGAAAUGACAGUUACCAAAACAUUUGUGCCCGGUUUCACUGCGACCAGGGAAACUACUUUAAUCUCUGGUUCGUUAGAGUCACCAACGCCUACAAUAAAAAUACUUAGUUCGCACACUUUAUACCAAAAUGUUAGUUCAAAAGACUCAUCGGAUGUAUUAACUACAUAUCCUUUCGAUACACCUUCGAUAUCCAUCAUUUCGUCAGUUGAUAUUGCUACCGAUAAUGAAAGUAGUUCAGUUUUUAAUACAGCGUCGACUUCGUUUCGAACGAACUACUUUACAGAAUCUGUUUACGCAUUAGCAAAUAUCUCAUCUUCAUCUACAUCAGGCGGCGCUUUACAACCUUCUACAGUGGCAAGUGAGAGUUCCUCUGAUGUAAUGUCUCAUGGAAAUGUUACUUCUGAACUUGCAGAUACUAUUUCAGCAUCAAUAGCAUCCCGUUCAGCAGGAGCAAACACGUCAAUAACACUUUCACCAACACAGGCAUCGGUUUUCUCCAGAACAGAAAACACAGUAAGAGUCAGUGACAUGCUAGAUAUAUCAACCAAAGGUUAUACAGCUUCUGCAACUAUUGUUUCUUUGCCAUCUGAACUAUAUUCAGACAUUUCGUUAUUUCCAAGUGUCAGUUUAGAAACAGGAACUCUUAUGCAUAGCUCGAGUUCAAAAUCUUCACCAGUUUUAGAAAGCCGUACGCGCAUCACUUCAACACCUCUUCCUUGGCUAACAGCAACAGAAACAUAUAUGCCCAAUAUUCAGAUUCAAACUUCAGAUCAUUACUACUCUCCUGCUUCCGUAAUUUCAAGUCAAACAGUAACUAGGAGCGUAUCAGUUGCGGCAACGACGACAAUGACGACGACAACAACAACAACAGACGAGGUGUUUUCAACAGAGAAACAUGUUACUACAAACAUUCCAACUUCUACAGGAAACUUUACGUUGUCAGUUUCCGAGAAGGAACAUAAAAUAUAUAGGAUAAUGUUUACUUUUGAGGGAGACUGUGAAAUAAUUAGAGAAAGUGACGUUUUACAAAUGGAGUUUUGGAAAGCUUUCAUGGACAUAAUCAAAUCUAUGACCAAAUUGCAAUCAUACAAUUUGGAUGCAGAACAGAUGUUAUGUGAACCAUUACGCGUCUAUUUACGGAUAGAGAUAUUUAAUGAAUCGUCUGGGGUCAAUAUGUCUCAAAUAUUUGAAGCUUUCAAAAGUAAAAUCGCUUCUUCCAAUUUCUUUGUUCCUAUAAUUGAAGGUAUGCAUGUGCUUAACUUUACUGCAACACACUUUGAAGUUCUCGAAAUUAUUUCUAGUGAUAUAAACGACUUAGAAGUCGCUAAAACUGGCCUUGAAGUCGUCGAUGUAGUUAUAAUAAGUAUUGCCUCUUUUCUUUUUGCCGUGCUAGUGUUAAUGAUGAUUAUAUUAAUGUGUCGCGAGUGUUACGUUAGAAAACGCACGACUACAUUUCAUUUAACGGACGUUCCCCACGUUAACCUGAAACUUUCUGAUUUCACCUUGACCAGAAUACCACGACCUAAAAUGUUUUAUAGAGAGAACAGUCUUAGAAAACCCGCACCUGUUCCUGUGAGUAAGUUGCGUACCGCACAAAACGGACAUUCAGACCCAAAUUCAAAUGAAAAGAUGAAUGUUAAUCCAGACAAUAUACGCAUACGCAUGAGCAAGCAUGAGGACGGACUUGUUGUUGGAAUUACUUGUAGUAAUCCACCUAGUCCUAAGAAUGACUCGUCAUCAUGUUCAAGUUCUCCAAACAGCGGUGAUCAGGCUAAAAAGUGUCUGUUAAAGGGGGAAACCAGUGCGAUAUCCGAUGGUGUAGCAAAUCCAUCUUAUUCCACAGAUGAAGAACUGAAUGGAAACACGAAACUUGUCAUACAAGAGGAUGAAAAUGAACAACUGUUAUAAAGACAAAUCAUUCGUGCGAAAUAUAUGUGGUAGAACAAUGUAUACCUUUUGGUUUCAUAGAACUUGUCACAAAAGUUCAAACAAUUUUGUUUACCCACAGAUCGAUAUAUUUUUGAAUUUGAUACUAAAUAUUUUUAUAAAUUGAUGUAAAAGAAAUACAACUGUCAAAAAGUG